AUGGCCACAGUAAUUGAAAAGACUCGCAAUUCUGAUGAAAAAAUACCACGUUCAUCAAGUGUUGAUUCAGCUAUAGAUGAUGGAGAAGAUUCACCAGAUGAAAUAUUUGAAUGUGAUGAAGAAAGUUUAGAUGAACUUCAUGAGGAUAAUCAAACAAGUGGAUCAUGUAAAGCACUUAUUCCACGUUUAAUUCGUUAUGGAUCAAAACGUAUACCAAUUAUUCAAUUUUCCCCCAAAGUUGUGUAUGGUCGAUGUCCAGAAGCACGAAAAAUUGGAGAAAAACAUGCAUUAACAUUUAAAUUUCUUAAAAAUGAUACAAAAUUAAUUCGAAAUAUUCUUGAAGGACAUGGAUUUCUUCCAUUAGCAUUUCCUGGUCGACCUGGACGUGCAACAACUGCGAAUCGUCCAAGUCGAUCAGGAAAUGCUAAUGGAACUGAAAAUGUUCGAAAUGAAUAUUUUGGUUUAUCUCAAGAAGAAAUUCGAAUUUUACGAACAGUAAAAGAAGAAUCUCGUCAACGUGGUGUUUUUUUUGAACAACGAACAACAUCAUUUAAUCAAAUGAUUCAUCAACGUCUUUAUCCAUCACGAUGGUCAUCAAUCGCAUUGAAUUCUCAGUCAAAUAAUGGAUCAAUUCGUCGUACAACAGCUCCACGUUGUAAACUUCUCUCAUCAGCAUUCAAUUAUGGACAUUCAUCAGAAAAAGAUUUAACACCGAAAACAUCUGGUUGUGAUCUUGAUGAAGCUUUAGAAAGAUAUCGAAUCUAUGAAAGAAGAUUAAUUGAUAUAGCUCCUCCAUCAUAUCCUCAUUCAUCAGCAUCAACAAUCACAACAACGAAUGUUUCGGAGACAAGUAAAACAAAUGAUAAUCUAUCAAAAUCUCAAACUCUGCCUGAUAAUUUUGAUCAAAAUCCAUCUCGAUUAACAAAUCUUCAUCGAACCACAUCUGUUCCUCCUUCACUUCCUAAAUCCAAUCAAAAAACUGAUUCUUCACCAAAACGUUUAACAACAGUUGGACAAUUGGUUAAAUCGACAACAACUUCUGCUCCAGGUGAAAGUCGUCAUUCAAUUUAUGCGAAAAACGAUAUUCUUCAAAUGCUCAAUCAAGGUUUAACACUCAGUCCCCUUCAAGCUCGUACAGCAUUUGGAACAUAUCUCCAACGAAUACAAUUUCGUUUAAUGCUUGAUUCAGAAUUUAAAGAAGAAGUAACUUCAAGUCAACAUAUGGAUUUAGUUAUUCGAUUUUUAAGACGUGCUGGACAAAAUUUAACACCACCAUUUCGUGUAGAAAUUCCUUCACGUCGUUUAUCACAAUCUGAUCAAAAACGAAUUUUAGCCAAAGAAUUAUGUGAUUUUCUUCAUUUAUAUAACAAAGAAACAGUUUCAUUAAAUCCAACUUCACUUUGUUCAACAGUACAAAUUGAUCAUCAUCUUUUUGAAAAUUUUCUUCGUUCAGCAUCUGAAGCUGAUUUAGAACAAAUGAUGACUGCAUAUAUGAAAACAAAUAAAGAAUCGGCUAUUCAUUUAGGUGUAAAUCCUAAAGUGACAAAAUCAAAUUCUGAUAUUGUCGGAGCUGAUCAACAAGCACAAACAAUUUCAACAAAACCGACUUCUUACGAAGAGAAAACAAUAACAAUUAUUCAAACAAUGUCACCGAAUGAACAACAAACAUGGGCGACAACAACACAAAAUCAAUUAAAUAAACGUUUAUUAAGAGCAUCAAGUGCGUCGAAACCAAAAACAAAUCAGAAAAAAGAAGAACAGAUUUAUAAACUGUACGGUGUGACACGACCUGUUUCAGCACUCAUUUCUCAAAAGAGACGAUCAGCAUGUUCGAGAAAUAAAGCAUUUUAUUAUUAUUAUGGAGAUCUCGCUGCACGUCUUCAAUUAGCUGUCAAUGUUUGCGAACAAGAAUCAGCUUUAUCAUUGAAAAAAUAA